UUUUUUUUCUUUCCGACCGUUGCAGCUGGCAAUCUUUUGCUUUGCUGUUCGUUCGAGACGACGAUCCAACGAUGCAGCCUUGGCUGAGGCUUCUCGCCCUAUCGCUUCUGCCUUUGCUCUCUGCCGUCCUUGGCCUGGACCUUGUUGCGCGCUCGACGUAUUCAAACGAUUACCCGCUCUUGAUCGAUGCGACCGUAGAGGAGCUUGCUCUUGGCCUCGAGCGCGGCUCAUUCUCGAGCGUGGAUCUCGUGAACGCUUACCUUGCGAGGAUUCUGCAAGUGAAUGUUUCGCUGAACGUCGUCACCGAGCUCAAUCCGGACGCCCUUGCGAUCGCCGGUGAGCUUGACGAUGAACGGAAGAACGGGUCCGUCCGGGGACCAUUGCAUGGACUACCCAUACUGAUCAAGAACAACAUCGCGACCCAAGAUCGCAUGAACAACACCGCCGGGUCAUGGUCCCUUCUCGGUGCCAAAGUUCCCAGAGACAGUGCAAUCGCAGCAAAACUCCGAGCCGCGGGAGCCAUCAUACUGGGCAAAACGAAUUUGAGCCAGUGGGCUAACUACAGAUCGUCGAAUACAAGCAAUGGCUGGUCGGCACUUGGAGGCCAGGUGUAUGCGGCUUAUUACCCCAAACAAGAUCCUAGUGGCAGCUCUUCUGGCUCCGGAGUUGCUUCGUCCAUAGGCCUUGCGGUAGCAUCACUAGGCACCGAGACGGAUGGUUCGAUCGUUUCGCCAUCUUCGCAGAACAACAUCGUUGGAAUCAAGCCAACUGUCGGGCUGACUUCUCGAAGUCUAGUCAUCCCGAUCUCUGAACAUCAAGAUACAAUCGGCCCCAUGGCAAGAACCGUCAAAGAUGCCGCAUACGUCCUACAGGCAAUUGCAGGGUACGACCCGUCGGACAACUAUACGAGUGCUAUCCCGGAUAGCGGAAGGCUCCCGGACUACGUGGCCGCGUGUAAUUACUCUGCCUUGCUUGGUGCGCGAAUUGGGAUUCCUCGUAACGUCAUUGACUUGUUGUCGGAUAACACGACAGGACCGCAGACCGAUGCCUUUGAAAGAGCGAUUGCGGUUCUCAGAGCGGCAGGGGCCACAAUCGUCGACGACGCAAACUUCACCGCUGCCGCUGAAUUCCUAAACUCCACAUCCGAGACAGAAGUCCUGAACGCCGAUUUCAUCGUGAACCUUGCAAGCUACUUAGCAGCAUUGACGUACAAUCCAAACAAGGUAACGUCGCUUGAAGAAGUUCGCCAGUUUACUCAGCAGUUCCCGCUGGAGGACUAUCCGGAUAGGAACACAGCGAUAUGGGAUGAUGCGUUGGAUAGUCAGAGAUAUAACAACACAGAUCCUCGCUUUUGGGCCGCCUACCAGCGAGACUUGUAUUUCGGUGGAGACGGUGGGCUUCUGGGAACUCUAGAGAGCAACAAGCUAGACGCCGUGAUUUUGCCAACGAAUUUCGCCUCCAGCUGGGCUGCUGUUAUUGGCGCUCCUAUUGUGACCGUGCCUAUGGGCUUCUAUCCAUGGGAUUCAGAAGUCAUAUGGAAUAGUCGGGGUGACCUGGUUUCUCUUGGCCCAAAUGUGCCGUUCGGCCUAAGCUUUCUCGGAGCGAAGUGGAGUGAAGCUACACUUAUCGGGCUUGCCUACGCAUUUGAGCAACGCACAAUGGUUAGAAACAAGGUGCGACCCUACAUUGUGCCUAACAUUGAGCUCGCGAACGUCCUCGGAAAUUGAAUCUGUCAGCUGGGAUCAAGAGUGAUCAUGUUGGGUAGGCCCGUCGAAUUUGCUUUCAAACUCAUAGUUGCCAUGCUAUAACCUUAAACGGGGUUAAGGUCGGGCGCACUUCUAAAAUGCGCAUCAUGCGUCAAAACUCGUCGCGAAAGGUGUGAGAGAUCACAUUACUCGUCAUGGGCCAUAUCUCAAUACGGAUUUAUUCUGCCUCACUCAGUUAGAGAAGGAAGCCUACCUUCGCUUUGAAGGUCGACUGUUGCAAAAGUGCAUGAUCGGUGUUAACCUGUCCAUCGUCCAAACGGAGUAGGAGGGAAAUUGCAAACAACGGCUUCGCGUUCAAAAUUUCUCUCGUAACGUGCAUAAAACAAGCGCGAUAAUCGAUUAAAGUAGACUCAAUUUGCCUUCGUCAGUCAGUAUGGCCGUCAAAUACAAAGAACGAUCAAGUUUUAC